UAUAGCCAAUGGCCUAAUGAUGCUGUGAACAAAAACUCACAAGAAAAAAAAAAAAACUCACAUUUUUGUGUUUCAGAGAUAUUUAAAGAAAAAAAGAUGGAAAUCACUAAGUUGCUUGUGGUGAUUAUCGUUGGACUAGUGAGUGCCAAUGUUGGCGCGAGGCAACUCCAAGGACUUUUCGAAAACACAAAAUUGUUGGAUCCAAAAUUCGAUGGUGAGCCAAUUUGUGCCGCUGGGGGAGGUGGAGGUGGUGGUGGAGGAGCUAGUGUUGAAGGUGGUACCGAAAAAGGUAUCGACGAUAAUGCAAACGGGUACGGAGAUGGGAAUGGAAAUGGGAAUGCGCAUGGACGCGCCGACUGUCCCGGAGGCAUAGUUGUUGGAGGUGGAGGUGGUGGUGGAGGCGGAGGUGGAGGCGGUGGCGGUUCUGGCGGCAGUAAUGGUAGUUUCUUUAAUGGCAGUGGCAGCGGUACUGGCUAUGGUAGUGGUGAUGGUAGAGUCAGUAGCAGUGGUGAGUAUUCAGCAAGUGCAGGUGGGGGAGGCAGUGGUGAAGGUAGUGGCGGUGGUGGUGGCGGUGACGGUAGCAGCGGCAGCGGUAGUGGAAGCGGAAGUGGAAGUGGAAGUGGAACUGGAACCGCUAGUGGCCCUGAUGUGUAUAUGCAUGUAGAAGGUGGUGGAGGCGGUGGUGGAGGUGGUGGCGGCGGAGGCGGUGGUGGUGUUGAUGGUAGCGGAAGUGGCAGUGGUAGUGGGAGCGGUGGCGGAAGCGGCAAUGUCUAUCAUUGAAGUUGAAAUAGUAUCUAGUAUUAUGUGUGUCCUUAUUCUAAGCUUCUAUAUAUAACAUUCUUAUUCGAUCUUCGUCUUAUGUGUGAUAUGUUCAUUGAAUAUCAUAAUAUGUUGGUCGCAUAUUCACAAUUUUAUAUGUUUGUGUAUU